AUGCACCAGGCAUUGAAUGCUUUGAAGACUCGCCUUCUUCACACUGCUCAGGUCACCCCUGAGGCAGGUGCUGUGGGUGCCUGCACCAUCUCUGUCAUACAGCCACGCUACCUAGAAGUGGACUACACUUGCAAGGCUGUUACCAUAGAGUGUACCUUCUCCACUGCUGGAUGCCCUUCGAAACAACCAACAAGCCUGUGGUUUCGCUAUGGCGCUCACCAGCCUGAGAACCUAUGCUUGGACGGAUGCAAAAGUGAGGAGGAUAAAUUCACAGUGCGGAAAGCUCUGGCACAAAACCAAGUCUCCCUCACUGUAAACAGGGUGACUUUAAAUGACAGUGCAAUCUACAUCUGUGGAAUAGCAUUUACUACAGCACUGGGACCGAGAGCUAAGCAAACUGGAGGAGGGACUACCCUGGUGGUCAGAGAAACUAAGCUUCUCAGCAAGGAACUGCAGGGGCUCCUGACUGCUCUCUUAUCACUGCUCUCUAUCUACAUUACUGGGGUAUGUGUGGUCUUCAUAGUCCUCUCCAAAUCAAAAUCUAACACUCUAAGAAAGAAACAAACAAAAGAAGAUUCACAAAAGAAGAAGAGUGCCCGGCGCAUUUUUCGGGAAAUUGCUCAAGAACUAUACCAUAAGAGAUACGUGGAAACAAGCCAGCAACCUGAGAAAGACAACAACACUUAUGAAAACAGAAGAGCACCUUCCAACUACGAAAGACCAUAGACACAUUUUAAAUUUCAAUGAAGUCAC